AUUUCUGCUUAAUCGACGAACCCGGAAAAAAUUGCACACACUCUCUCGACGUGCAAGUAGUGACACAACGGCAAAAGUAAAGAUGAUGCAAGGGUUCUACGGGAGCAGCAAGCUGUUAUCGCUAUACUUUAUUAUUGCACUUCUUUUGGUUUGCUCAGCUUAUGCAGAGCUUCGCACGUUUGAGCUAAACAUCUCGAGGGGAAGCUUGAAUCCCGAUUGUUACGAGCGCGGUUAUACUGGUUUGCUGGUCAAUGGCCAGUUUCCGGCCCCACCCAUCCGCGUCACCAAGAACGAUCAUGUCCAUGUUAUCAUCCAUAAUGACGUCGACUCAAACCAUUCCACGACCAUUCAUUACCACGGCAUUCUACAAAUCGGAACACCAGAGGCCGAUGGAGUGCCCGGUCUGACACAAGUUGCGAUUCAGCCAGGCGAGACGUAUCAUCAAAGGUUCCAAGUCAUUGAUCAGACGGGCACAUACUAUUAUCACGCUCAUUUAGGCCUCAGCGAUGAUACUGUCAGUGGCCCAUUUAUUGUAUAUGAGUCCGAGGAUGCCUGGCCCUCCAAAGACAAUAAGAAAAAGCUCAAGGACGGGCCAUACGAGUAUGAUGAUGAACGGACCUUGUUCCUUUCCGAAUGGUGGCACCAGACCGAGCAGGAGCGAAUGGAUUAUAUUAUGGGAACAAACUAUCGUGGCAUGGUUGGCGCCGACAGCUACUUGAUCAAUGGCAAGGCCGUCUAUAGCAGAGAAAGCGGUUGCGAAUACCCGACGAUCGAUGUAGAGCCCCAAAAAGUAUACCGAGUGCGUGUCAUUGGCGGUUUAACGCUCGCUGUGGUCGGCGUGUCUUUUGCACGCCACAACCUUACUAUUAUUGAAGUCGACGGCCAGCUGGUGAAGCCCCAUUCGGUCUCGUAUCUCGAAGUUGCUCCUGGCCAACGUUUCUCGGUGCUGUUGACGACAGACCAGCCUGCUGCUGAUCAGAGCUACUUUAUCGAUACCAAGCCGUAUUAUAUCCGCGAAACCGAAAGUAAUGGACGCGCCAUCUUGCGAUACAACACCAAGUUGCCUGCUACCACGGCAAGUGUGGACGAGCAUCCCAAAUUCCCUCCGCCGACGCCACAGUGGCACUUUGCAGAUCUUGCCCCGUUCAAUCCACCGAGCAUUGACCUUGAAAAGGAAGCUGAUCGCACUAUUGUUAUCAAACCUAUGGAAAAGGUCAUGGCCGACAACACCACGGCAUGGUUGCUGAACGACCGCCUGUACUAUCCAAGCGACGGGACGAACAAGGCCCAUCCACCGCUCCUGGCAAAGUUCAUAGGCAACGACGGCAAGGAUUUCGUGUCCAAGCAACAGCAGCGACUCGAGGCGGACAGUUUCGAUCCCGACAUUGGUGCAUACACGCUCCAGUUCAACGAAACCGUCGACAUUGUCAUUCACACCACAGCCAUCGCCAAUGGCGUUUGCAUUGGUCAUCCUUGGCACACGCAUGGCCAUUACCAUUAUGUGCUUGCACACGGUGCAGGCGAAUAUGUGCACGAACAAGAUAAAGACCUUCGCACUUAUCAAACUGCGAUAGCCCGUGACACAUCAUUCGUCUAUCCUGUUCAGCCAGGACCACCUCCACGGACCGCGGGCAAUACACUUUGUGGAUGGAGUAAAAUCCGUAUCUACACCUCGAAUCCCGGUGUCUGGCCUCUUCAUUGUCAUAUUACGAGCCACAUGGUGCAGGGCAUGAUGACAGUGCUUGUGGCAGCGCCAGACAAGUUAUCCCUGCUUUAAGGUCUUUGAUGUAUAGUGUCUUGAAUGUUUAGCAG